AUGCAGGGUGCCGGCGUUACCAUGAUCGAGUUCGGCGACGUUCUUCAGACAGAACGGCGAAAGCUUGUGGAAGGGCUCCAAGGCCAACUUCAGGAAGUUCGUGGACUUGUAAAAGAAGCUGGCGGGGAUUCACCGUAAGUUUUGUUGUGCGAAAUUAAAACUUUUUUUUCGAAAAAACGAAAAAAUGUGAUUUUAGUGCGAAAUCACGUUGCUCCGACCGGUCAACGUUCUUCCCCUGGACACCAAGCGUCUUCCCAUGGACAAGCGGCAGGAAGGCUUCUCUUACAAGUUGGCCGUUCUCUACAAAAUCGAGAAACGGCCAUUGAGUCUUCACUUUGGAACUCAGGACAAUAAGAUCUAUGUGCUGAACCUGCACGAGUUUACGUGCGCCGCCCGUUGCGUGGAACUGGGCGAUGCCAUUCUCGAUGCGACGGUGAAACCUUUUCCAAGUUGGAUGAAGCUGCGGAGAAGGUCUCGGAACUUGCACAAGAAAAGCCGUUCGUGACUUUGCUCAUCGAACAGGCGAAAGGUCCCAUUCAAAAGGCUCAAGUACGGCAGAUUCUGAUGACCUACAAAGCCAUCCAGGGCAAAGCUGAUCCGCUUAUGGCACCGGAUGUGAUCGACAUCUGCAAAGCAGCGACCGGCUGA